CUAAUUUUAACUUUUGUGCGGGUCGGUCAAACAUUUUUGUCCGUAGGAUAUGAAAUUACAGUUUCGACAGUGGAUGAAUUUCUCGCUGGAACAGAUGCAAGGGUCUUUAUUGAAAUUUAUGGAGGAAACGCUGAAAAAACUGGAUGGAUUGAACUUACUGAUGAUGGAAAAAACGUAUUUGAAGCUGGAGCGUAAGUAGACGUGACUGAUUGCCUUCGUUUCACCAUUCUUAAUUUUCCAGGCAGGACAUAACGAUCAUUAGGUCCAGCAACGAAACAGACCUUGGACCAACUAAGAAAGCUUUUUAAAUUCGCUAUGUAUCGUAAGGAAUGAGCUAAAUUAAAAAAAGCUGCAGCAUCCUGACGCGGCAUAAUGUUCGCGUAUUAUCCCGUCACAGGGAACGAAGUUAAGAGGACUUAAAUGUUUUUGUUUCUAGUGAAAAGUAAAGCUGAUUAACAUAAAAACGACUAUCCACUUUAAUAGAUAUGGAGGAACGCGAUUUUUACUAGCUACAAUCCUGGACAAAACUACUUGAUAAAAUGUUUUCAUUAAUGCGCACUACCUAACGCAACAAAACUAUUUCCAAAUCAACGGCUUUGCGUAAAGAAAACGCCCUCCCCCAGUUCAAAGUUGCUUCCUACAAAUGUUUAGGGAUCCGUCCUUCUUUUGAAGACCCAACAACACUACUUCCAGGGGGAGCGGGGAGGGAAGAAUCGGUCGGCUACGAAAUUUAGAAAAACUGCCCCCCAAGAAUGUAAUUUUCUCAACAGUUUUGCCCAAGAUUGUAGCUAGACACUGAUCAUAACUAAACACUUAUAUAUUCUCUGAAGGAAUGAUACAUUUUACCGUGAUGCCAGAUUCAUAAAACCGAUCAAGUUUAUAAAAAUGAUGCGCAACAACGAUUGGUACACUCCAGGAUGGAAACUGCUCAAGGUGAUUAGCGCACAGCGGCAGCAGCUAAAUAACAGUUACACGAGAAGAUUCACAACAACGAUUUUUAACGCAACGCAGCGUUGCAACAUUGUUGCAACAUUUUUUCGAAUAGCUGCAACAUUGUUGCAACAUUGUUUCGAGUAGCUGCAACAUUGUUUCAACAUUGCAACGCUGUGUUGCGCUAAAAAUCGACGUUGCAAAUCGUCCCGUGUAACAUCACCUUUAUGGAUCUUAAGCGACGACGACCACGAAGGCAACGAAAACGGCAGAAAACAAUAUGGUUUAGAUCGGCGAAACAACAAAUUUGCUCGUCCUUCUCACUUUUUGUACAUUAGAGAAACUGCCUAAUUUCACGUUUUCUUGAGGAUGAGACAAAAGAUGGCGAUUUCAUGAUUCUUUUUUAUUUGUUUUAAACCAACUUAGGGUGCGUUCCUUUGAGAUGAUCGUUCACUGAUCUUGAUCCGGAUCAUCCCAAAGGAACGCAUGCGCACCUUUUGAACUUGAGGUAGCGUGGCCGAGCAGUUAGGGCGUUGGACUUGAAACUAGGAGGCACUUGUGAAGGCAAAGCUACAACGACAAACCAGUGAGGGUCCGCGGGAUCUUUCGUAGACCUGGAUCAUUAAAAUCUUGAGUAUCAAAUUUUUUAAGUUUCUAACUAGAAGGUUCCAUGUUUAAGUCCUGCUAGCUGGAUUAUUAAUUUUGUUCUCGGUAGUGCCGAGUUCAAAUUCUCGGCCACACUAGUAAAAAAGCCAACUGGUUCGCCUCUCCUACCAGUUGGGAUUUUAACCCUGUUAUGUUCUAUUUAAAUUAUUAUUUAUUAUAAUUUAACUCCAGAAAACAUGGAAAAAUUUACCAACAUUUGGUAGAUACAACGACAUGGAUUAAAAGUGAUGAAUUUUGAAAACGCGUGAGUUCACUUUUAGAGAAAUGUCGUACGUAAACGAAGAAAAAAUUGCCGAAACACUGCCGAAAAAAACUUACCAAAACAGAAAAAUAUAACUCUAUGGAUGAAACGUGCUACUUGAAGAAUUAUAUUCCAGUGCUAGACUAAUCCUGAAUGUGGCAGGAACAGGCCGAUGAAGACUGAGGCUGACCUUAACAUAUCGAUCGAGGGAAAGCAAGUUUUUAAAGUAAAAUUUGGCUGCCGUAUCAUGAUUUUGGUGAAGAAUAAUGCAGUCCAUGUUUUCCGCCAUGACCAACAACAUCACCCUUGCCACCCCCCCCCCCCUCCAACCCAAAUAAAAGCUACAUAUAUAUUCAUUCUUCCGAUCAUAAUCGGUCUCUUUCCAAAGCGUUACUGCCUCAAAUUUUAAGAAGAAAUAUACAUCUUCAUUCUACAAUUAAUUUUGAUACCACAGGUAACCAUAAGAAUCCAAGGUCACUCUGACUUGUAUACGUUUUACUUCAACAAAUGGUUAAGUGCUAACAAGGAGGUGACAUUACACGGUGAGAUUGUUAGCACUCCAAUUUAUGUUUUACUUCCACAGUUAAGGGUGAUGCCAGGAAAUUGUUCUGUACAGCGGUUUAUUUUGUCUGCGACGCAGGCUAAUUUCUAGGAACAUUUCGAAAUUAACCCGCAGUAGAGCGGUAUUUAUCACAGGAUAGAAUAGAACCAGGAACAUUGAUUUAAAGUAGUAAAGUAUACUAAUGAAAUGGGUCCCACAAACUGCUACAUCAUUCCUUAUAAAACUGUCACCACUUCACACUCUUAUCUUAAAUAACUAAUUUAAAAUUAUCUUUUGAAAUUUGAUUUUUUCUUGACCGACAAGUGAGCUAUAAAUCCCAAAUCUGCACCAUGAUCUUGAAGUAGGGGCGCUUAUGUGUUUAAUGAUGUUCGUUUUAACUUUUUGGAAAAAAAAGAGAAGACCAAAAAUAAAGACAAAAGCAAACAAACAAAACUCACAAAAAAAACAAACAAACAAACCAAAAGUUGGACUGCCUGUUUCUAAAAAUCAUCUGACAAAAUUUCGGUUUACUUUCAACACUUUUAAAGUAGCCAGUUUUUUAAGAGCAAGCUUUACCGAUAACGGUUUAUACAUGGUAGCCACAUAGAAUUACGACGUAAUAUUUAGGCCAUAUCACGUUACUGCUUCAUUCACGCAAAAGCAUCCUUGGUCUGAGUUUUUAGUUAUAGGUCAAAUAUAUACUGAAAAUACGAAGUUGUAUGUAAAAAUAACAAAAAUGUUUUUUUAAUUAAUCAGAGGAAAAUAAAUGCCGAUCUGGUCAUUCAGACUGUCACCAUUUAUGUAUCUACACUAAUCCGGGAUAUCGUUGUGAUUGUCACCCAGGAUUCGAGCUACAUCAAAUGAACCGUUGCAAAGGUAUGCAAAGACUUGGGGAAGAGUUAUAUUUCACUCGUUUCUCUAGCCUAAAACUGUGCAUAUUGGGAAGUAAGACAUAACCUCUUGGAAAAUAAACUUUCAAGGGUGGACCUGCACUGAAAAAAGAGCGUAGGAUAACGGUUUUUGAGUUAGUCGUUGAUAAGGGUACGUUGCCCAGUGAACAUGAACGAAUCUUUUUAAGAACACUCGUAUUGUUUCAGAUCAAAGUGUUGAACUGAAACAAUAACCUUUAGUUAAGAAAAACACCCGUAAUGGCCAUGGGUGCGAGGACGAGUCAGCAGAAAUCAAUUAAAUGUUAGGAUAGGUUUAAUAGACGCCUGAAGUAUGGUCCUUGAACGUCAACUUCGUCCUGGAGUCAAUAAUCCUCGCUCUUAAAUACUUUUUUCCAGGCAGGAGGAACGAUAUAUUAUUGAAACUGACAGUUACGCACAGUCAUCAGUUUAAUUUAAUACCGAUUCGCUGAGUAGUUUGAUCUUCCCACCGCAUAAAAACAGAGUAGAAGUGGAAGUGAAGUAAGAGAUACCACAUUUCAAAAACACUCAAACUUACAAUUUGAUAGUGUUUGUUCACUAUAAUUUGUUGAUAUCCUUAGAUGUGGACGAAUGCAAAAAUGGCGACAACAAGUGCGACUUAAAAGCAGCACAUUGCGUAAAUAAACCAGGAUCCUACUCUUGUCAGUGUAAAGAAGGCUAUCAACAAAUGGACAACUACACCUGCACUGCCUUCACGUCAUGUAAUGUAUUAACGCUCACUGGUCUGCAGACGCCGUCGUCCAAAACAUUUCUUCUAUGUAGUGGCAACGAAGAACAUAAUUUGUUUCAUGCAAGCUAAUAUCUGACUAUGAAAAGCUGCCAUUUACCGAGGGUAAAAUUACAGUAAAUGUAUGAAGGAAGUCUGGGGGAAAUCGACUUUGGUUCGAGUUAGCGGGAAGUUCGAGUUAGCGAGGGUUCGACUGAGUUGUCGGGAGUCAAAGUGUACUUCGUUCUAUUUCAGAAGCCUUACAAUUACACAUUUUGUUAGAAUAAAACUAUAGCGAUUACUUGAUCGGAGGAAAACGUUUCCUUCAAGCAAUAAGCUCAUUCUAUUAUGUCACUCUUGCAAAGAAGGCUGCUACAGUUUAGUAAUUAAUUAUGUUUUCUAACCAACAGUUGCUCUUUUUAGCAAAGAUGUGCAGCGGGAGUGAUGCACUUGGAAUGGAGAGCGGCAAAAUUAAAAACCAAUCUAUCACAGCCAGUUCCUACUAUCCCCAGUAUCCUCCUUGGGCAGCGCGGCUUCGAUCCGGGAUUUCUAAAGGUUGGUACGCUUUUCCAUAUGACCCGUUGCCAUGGAUACAAGUGGACCUUGGAAAGCAAACUUGGCUGAAAGGUGUAGCGACACAAGGCAAGAUGUUCUCAAUGUAUGUGACUUCAUACAAGUUGGCGUAUUCGCAGGACCAAGUCACAUGGUUUUACUACCGAGGUGACAGUGACAACGUUAAGGUAGGGGUCAAAAGUGCGUCUUGUCCUAAAUAUGUUGUUAUUUGACUCGGGAGAAUGAACAUGGACUAAAGACUUCAUUAAAAAAAGCAAGAUUAAUGCGACAAAAUAAAUGCAUCCGCAAAUAGCUUAAGAAAUAAAUAAACCCCGUCUUCCAGAUGGUAUAACGCUAUCCGCUAUGAAGCCAUAAAAUUUGCUCACAAGUCUAUUAAUUAAAAACUAUCAGGCUCUUGGAGGAAAGUACUUAGCCCACCCCUAAAGUUGUUUACAUUUUUAAAGUCACGUGAUAUUAUUGUACAAUGAGCAAGAAUUUGUACGCCACAAGGCGGGAAGGAUUAUUAAAACUGCUGAACGAGACUUUUGUGUCUUCCUCUCUGUUCUACGAAACAACUUGGCUGUUACAUUCUCUUGGUCACCAGAAGCUCCUCCCAGCCAGCCCCAGUAGGUCACUAUAGCAGCUCCUCAGAACAUUGUAAUUCCUGUAUUGUAAUUCAAACAACUUGUAUUGUAAUUACGUACCACAUUGCAAAUAACUUAAUCAAGACUUGGCGGAAAUUCAUCCAUACGUAUUUUCUAACCCCUGAAGACCCUUUACUUUUUAGGUUCUUAAUGGAAACAAAGAUCCGUACCGAGUUGUUACAAACAGUUUGCCGAGACCAAUUCACACUCGGUUCGUGCGACUGUACCCUCUUUCUUGGAAUGACGCCCUUGUUAUGAAGCUUGAGUUGUACGGCUGCAUUUCUUCGUAA